CCCGAGCGCGCGGGCUGGACGCCGCGGGACGGUUCGAGUUCGGGAGCCCCCGGGAGCGCAGCGUCGGCGCGAGCCGCAGGGCGCGGAGGCAGCCGCUGGGCCACGGCGUCGGGGAGCGCGCGAGUAACCGCUAAUAGCGUCGGAGCAGCCUGGGCCUGGACCCUCGAAUGGAGAAAAGAACCAGGACAAUGGCAGUUAAUUCGGAUUUGGAGUUGGAGGAGAUGGAUUUGGGUAUAGGAGAAAGUGCUAAAACAAUGAUGGACGAAGAGAAACCAGGAACGGAAGGCAAACAUCCCAUCAAGAAGAAAAAAGUCUAUAGGGUUGUCUCAAAAUGGAUGCUUCCUGAAAGCAAACGAGUGGCAUAUCUUGAGAGAGCCAACUGCGUGCCACCCCCUUUGUUCAUUAUUCUCAUCAGUAUAGUGGAGCUGGCAGUGUUUGUUUACUAUGCUGUGUGGAAGCCCCAGAAUCAAUGGAUCACCUUGGACCUGAGCAUCUUGGAGAGUCCCUUCACCUACAACCCUUACAGGAGGCAGGAAGCCUGGAGAUUUAUCUCAUACAUGCUGGUACACGCUGGAAUUCAGCACAUCUUAGGGAAUCUUAUCAUGCAGCUCCUUUUGGGCAUCCCCUUGGAAAUGGUCCACAAAGGCCUCCGGGUGGGGCUGGUGUACCUGGCGGGAGUGCUUGCAGGAUCUCUUGCCAGCUCCAUCUUUGACCCGCUCAAGUUUCUAGUGGGUGCGUCAGGAGGAGUCUAUGCCCUCAUGGGAGGCUAUUUUAUGAACGUUUUAGUGAAUUUUCGAGAAAUGAUUCCUGCCUUUGGAAUUUUCAGACUACUGAUCAUCACGUUUAUAAUCAUGUCAGAUAUGGGAUUCGCUCUCUAUAGAAGGUUCUUUAUUUCUGGAAAGGAGUCACCGGUAUCUUUUGCAGCUCACAUUGCAGGAGGAUUUGCUGGAAUGUCCAUAGGUUAUACUGUAUUUAGCUGCUUUGAUAAAGCACUGCUGAGAGAUCCAAGAUUUUGGAUAGCAAUUGCAGCUUAUUUAGCUUUUACUGUAUUUGCUGUGUUUUUCAAUAUUUUUUUAUCUCCAGCAAACUGACCUGCUCCUACAUAAACCAAUGGAUUAAAAAGAGCCAUCUGAGAGAAAACAAUAAAGAACUGAAACAAUCUACAAAGAGACAGAAGACCCAGCAAAUGCUAGCAAUUUUGUAAACAGACAAAAUGGUACUGAAACCAUCAGUGCUUAAGAGGCUGAAGGAAGUAGCUUCUGGAUGCAAAGCAAGGGAAGAACUAAGAAGUGAGAAGUGAAAACCAGACGUUGGGUCUUUCCCAGGUCUAUGGUAUGCGCUUAUGUACAGGUCUGGAAAUAUUGUUCUCCCUGGAGAAUCUGAUAGAAAUUUCUUGAUAGAACCCAUGAAUUGUACUAUUCUGGUAAUAAAAACUUUUCAUACAUUGUGUCAGACUGUUGAUAGUCACUUUUGACAACUGUUCCCCAAAAUAGAACAUUGUUUGAGAUGCUUUAUAUAGUUUAUUGCUAAUCUUUUUUUAAUAACUCAGAAAGGUAGCUAUUAUUUUAUGCUUUAGAGAGCAGGACUUGGAAACUCUUGUCAAAAAAUUAAAUAACUUGGGGGUCUGGAGCAACAGCACAGUGGGUAGGGCAUUUGCCUUGUACGCUGCCGACCCGGGUUUGAUUCCCAGCAUCCCAUAUGCUCCCCCGAGCACUGCCAGGGGUAAUUCCUGAGUGUAUGAGCCAGGAGUAACCCCUGUGCAAAGCCGGGUGUGACCCAAAAUGCAAAUAUAAAUAAAUAACUUAGGGGCCAGAGAGAUAGUAUAGGGGUGGUUAAGGCACUUGCUUUACAUGUGGCCAACCUGUGAUUGAUCCUGGGCUCCACGUAUGGUCCCCAAAUGAGCACAGCCAGGUAUGGUCCCCAAAACAAAAAACUUUAUCUAGGAAGGGCAGAUUCUAUAGAUGGAUAAUUACUUGAAAGUCUGUAUUCUCCUCCACUGGGGGAGUGUUUAGAAAAUACCUGAGGGUGCUUGGGGCUACUCCUGGCUCUGUGCUCAAACAGGGCUGAGCUGAGCCAUGCAGGGCAGUGCCUUAGUCCCUGUACUAUCUCUCUGUCCUUCUAUCCAUUUUCUUACUGACAGUAUUUAAGAGCAACAAUUCCUUACUAAAUCUUUGCAAACUUUGCAUUUUGAUCGUUAAAAAAUAUUUGCUUGUUUAGUUCUCUUAUAAUGAGAUUUAAAAUUUUUAUUCAGUGUAUGUGUAAUUUACAUGUUCCAGAUAUGUGCUUUAAUAAAACUGUUUUUUUUUUUCGGGUGGAACACCUGGUGAUGCUGAGGUUAUUCCUACUCUGUGCUUAGGAAUUACUCCUGGCGGUGCAUGGGGAACCAUAAGGGUUGCUGGGGGUCAAAAGUGGGUUGGCCAUAUGCAAGGCAAGAGCACUACUCGCAAUGCUAUCGCUCUGGCCCCAAUAAAACUAUUUUUUAUAUAAAAUUUGAAUAGAUGUACAAUUUUUAAAUAAUGAAUGCUAAUGAUUGUCACUGUCACU